GUGUGAUCAAUAAUCAUGUGAUGGUAUCAUAUUUCAUAGAACGUAUUAUAUGUAGGCUAAAUAUAGCGACGUAAUUGGAGUAUAUAUGUUUAUUUGACAGCUAAAUGUGGUGUUAGAAGGAUAAAGUACGGCUUGUUAAAACUGUGCAUAGUGUUUAUAUAAAGACCAUGUAAACAUAUAUUUAUCAUUGUAUUACUGUAUUAAGUGCAAGCAACAUGGAUAAUGACCUGAAGGAAAAGCUGUUCUUUGUGCCCGAGAAAAAACAUCGAGGAAGAAAAGGGGCGUUCAAGUAUGCAUUUAUCAUUUCCACAGUUUGUCUUGUCUUGGUGACUGUGAUAUUGGUAAUAAAAUGCGGAUCACCAAAUUUCUUUCCAACACUCGCGUCAAUGGUGUCAUCAUGGUUUCAGCAAGGGCACGCAAGCGGUGGCAACAUGAAUGGUAAAUAUCUGGUAGCAAGUGGGAGAAAACAGGCAGUACCAUUUAAUGACGACUACGCAAGCAAAGGCCAUGAAUAUUUUGAUGUAUACUCACCAGAAAUUGCCACACAUUAUGGCGAGGUUUUUUGGACAGACCAAGGCAAUAACCUCCUUCCGAAAGAAAUCAUCGAACGGUUCAAAGGUAAGGUCAUGGCCAUCACGGGCUACGAACAAGACCAGGUGAUGGUCUCACCGGUAGGUCAACCCGGCAUCAACCCUGAUGCUGAUGUCUCUGUUCCGAUUAACUGGGCAUAUAACCACCACUAUAUGGCUUGGAUGACCGGAGAUCAUUCCGAAAUGGUCCGCAUACCUAACCCAGAUCCCAAUGACGUAAGUGCUCAUGGUUCGCCAAUGAAAUGGAUGGCUGUAGACAAACCAUCAGCUGGACAACGCAUAAAUAAAAACAUACCAACCAGUCAAAUGUUUAGUGAGGGGAAUGGUGGUGAAUCACGAAAAAGUUUCCACGGAUAUCCGACCGGAUAUGCACAACUGAUUGAAUCCCCAAAUAUGUGGCAUAUUACACCAAUGCAAAUAGAUACAAGGAACCGUGACUGUGGUGUUACUCCAAAAGACAUAAACAAGUGUACUGAUCAUAAAGUACCGGGACCUGAACCCAAACAAGCGAGAUACGGACUCGGAAUGCCGAAAGGCGGAUCCCCUUACUCUGGAAUACUGGAGUGCCCAUGUAACUCUCGAUAUGGUGGAGAUCCAUCAAUUUAUGGCAAGGACGCAAAAACAAAGAUUGUAACUCAUCAUUACGCAUGUGUAUCGCUGGCAUCCUGUAGUUCUGCAACAGUCUUGAGUGCUGUUGCGUGUUUCAACUCUGUUGAAAUGCUAGGAAUAAAGGCAAGUAAGAAUGUGACGGUAUCUACUCCUACAGAUGCAGUUCCACAUGGAUGCACACUGCAGUCGUCAUCGGACGGUACAUGGACAGUUACAUACAACAGAUUUCAGAGCUCUGCCCAAUGUUCUACCUCUCGCACGAGAUCUGGAACGGCACACUUUAGCAUUGGAACAACUGUCAAAGUUGACCUUAAUAGUACAACAGCAAUGAUCACCAUUUCUGGUCCAUCUAACGUUUGGUUUGGAGUCGGAUUCAACGCAAGUCACAUGGCUGACUCUCCGUAUACAAUUAUCGUGAAUUCGACGGGUGUUUACGAACGUAAGAUUGGUACAUGUGGAAGUGAAGCUGAGCACUGCCCUGGAGAUGCACUUGAAAAUAACGUUACAGUAGUGUCCAGCAAAGUUUCUGAUGGAAUAAGAACAGUAGUGUUGACACGUCCCCUGAAAGGAAAAACAGGGAAAUAUUACACAUUCAACGUAACAGCACAAUCCCAGAUAAACAUGAUUUCCGCUAUUGGAUCGACUCAGCUGUUUGCAUAUCACCAGGACAAAACGACUGGUGUUUUGGCUCUGAUGUCUAAAACUGAACCUAAUUGUGUCUGUGAUAUGGGUGGUGUUGGCACACUGUGCGAAACAAAUGGGACUUCAUGUGAUACAUUCACAAAAAAUUGCCUUCCACCGCCCGCUGGUGAACUACUGACUCAACAUAAUCCAACAUGCAACUCAAAGCAGUAUGCUGGUGGUCUACGAUGUUGCAAACACAAGCGUAUUAUGCUUGAUGCGGAUCAGCCGGUCAGGCCAGAACUUUUGAGAUAUCACAUGAAAUUUCGAUUUUGGUUUCAGGAAUACGAAGUAAAUGGCGAUCAAGUGUCCCAUUACAAUCUCCCACGUAUCUACUACCAGACUGAGGCAUGGGCUGGCGAAUAUGACGUUCCACCUGCCUUUGCACUCCCAGGAAAACCUAUUCCAGGCUAUCCAAAUUGGCCGGAAAAGACUCCUACUCCAGGAACCACAUGUUCUGGAAAUUGCCCAGACGGUGACGAUUGUGUGUGUAUCCACACACUCACGUUAAGAUGGAAUGUGAGCAACAUUCGCCUGAUAUACGCCGGAGGACAUUGUCAUGCACCGUCUUGUAUUUCAUUGGAGCUGUACAGGAACGAUACCGGGCACGAGAUGGAGUUACUUUGCCGGCAGGUUCCUGUUUACGGAAAGGGUAACGUUACACACGACAAGUUUGAUGAAACAGGUUACCUCGCCCUCCCGCCUUGUCUAUGGGGCGACGAUGAGGGGCUAAAUCCUUCGGUUUUGUUGCCACCAAAUACACCUAUGGUGUCGAUAAAACACAACAGAAACACACACGUGGGUCAUUAUGGUGAAAUGGCAUCUUGGCAGAUGAGAGGAACGUUUUUCUAAACAAAGUGGCGCUAUGAAUAAACAAGACAAAACCGGUGUGAAACUCAACUUUUGACUGUGUUUAAAUAAUGGAUAUUUUUCAUAAAUAUUUUCAUGUAUGACAACAGGAACCAGCCUUUAUAUUUGCUCGUACGGGAAAGGACGGUUACCUCAGCCUACAUACGAGAGAGAAGUGCAUUUUCUGGUGUCGUUACUUUACUGUUUUUUUUCUAUGUGUAGCUUGAUUUUGCUUGUAAUAUUAUUUUGUUAUUAUAUGCUUUACUAUCACGCUACAUAUGCUUUACUAUGUGAGAAAAAAUGUCGUCAGUGAGUUAAGAUUUUACCCGAAGACAGCACUAACUGGAGAAACUGAAUACGAAAUUGUCCUAGAUAUUCAUUUAUCUAAUACUAGUCUAUACUUCGAUGCCGAAUGAAAUGAAUACACAUAUGUACAUAACAAUGUCAUCACAUGAUUUGACCUUUGUUAACUGGAUAGUAAUGUUAAAAUUAAACCGAGUUCUACUAGUUCCAAAUUUUAUGUUUGAAAACAGAAACAAAUACAAAAUACUACAUACAGUUUAUAUUACAAACAGUAACAAGUGUAUAUGUAUUAACAGUACUAUGAAUUGGGGACGGAAAUAGCACAUACUGUAUACCUAUAUAGUUGGACACACAGUAAAUGUAUACUACCGCGAAAAACCGGAAGUAUUUUUUUACAAUCGACUAUUACUGCAUGACACUUAACUAUGAAUGUAGCCUUACAUACACAUUUAAUUCAUAUAUCUAGUAAAGGUAGAUAUAUCUGAUGAGCAUUUUCUGCAUUUGAAGUAAAUAUCUAAAUGUAACAUAUUUUAGUGAAAGCGAACGGGUAAUGUUCGAUUGUGUUUUGUUUUUUUCUGUUUGUUGAUCUAUUUGUUUUUAAUAAUAAAAAUUAAGGGUGA